AUGUCCCCAGUGUCCAUUUUCAGUGAUUUAAUCAGUGCUUCUCAGGCCAUCCGGAAAGAACUGCAGCAUGGGGCAAAUCCAAAUAUUGUUCAUCCCCUUUAUGGUGUCUCGGCUAUGCAUUUAGCUUGUGGACAGGGAGAUGAGGCAACACAGCUGCUGUUGCUCUAUGGGGGAGAUCCUAAUAUUGUAUCUGUUGAAGAUGUGACACCGUUGCAUGUAGCAGCCUCUUGGGGAGACUGGAAGACAGUUCAGCUAUUGUUAAAGAGUGGAGCUGACAUCAGUAUUCAAGAUCAGGAUGGAAAGACGGCCUAUGAUCUGGCAGUGGACGGUCAGAAUGUGGAGUGUGCACAGAUUCUCCACUGUCAUGAGGUGAUGAUAAAAAAGAACCUAACAACUCAUGGACAUGUUGAUCAUGGGAAGACAAUCACAGCAUUUGACAGGAGUGAAAACCAGACUUGUUACAGAGAUAGCUCAGUCAGUGAACUUGAGUUGCCCUCAAGACUGUCCUCUGAUACAUUAACUGAAAGAGUAUACCAGUAUUUGGAAGAGGGGCGACCAGUAUGCUUUGAUGCAACCUCACCUAACCAUCCAUUGUUAGGAAUAAAACAAUCUGGGAUUACUGAUGAUGGUAACCACUACUGUGCGUACCAGAAACAUCUACCUCAAACUUUACAUCAAAGAUGUCAAGAACCGCAUGAUAAAGGGGUGCGAAACAUAUCUUUAUCACCACAAUCACAUGGUGGCUAUGAUAGAAGCAGAUCUGGUGAUGAUCGCUGUGCUUGUAUUCAUAAUUCCAAUGCAAACAGGGAAUAUUCACCUAGCUCGCAUUCGCAUCAUGUAUACCAUAUGUAUACAAAUAAACUUUUGGAUAAACAGUUUUGCAGUAUUUGUUCUCAUGGUUACCCGAAUACUCCAAGUCAGUUUGCAACCUGUUUAAGUCCAGACAUUUUGCAUGAAAGUUGCCAGAAUCCAUCUUUACCUGAAAGUUGUCAGAUAAAUUGUAAUACCGGGUCUUCGUGUUGUAAACAUGAUUGUCAUUUACAAAACGUGCAUUUACGCAGCGGUGUAAAAUCAUCAUCCUUAUUUUACAAAGACAACACAUUGUGCAAAUCUUGUGUUAAUAACAGAGAGUGUCUUACACAGGUUGGAGCAAGAAGACACUGUUGUAAUGGGGGCCAUGUAGGCACUACAGACACAAAACAUCACGAUUGUCAUGCUACAGCUUUCGGUGUUAAGUCAUCGGCUUAUCAGAAUUGCAAAACACCCUUUGUCAGUAAUGGAACUUCACAGUACAAACAUGGUGCUUGCAGUCCUUCCAAAAAUAGAAGACAUCAGAAUGAAUCUGUACAUUUCAACAACCACAGACUGCUUGCACCUGAUAAUAAUUCAAAAGUCUUUAAAGCUUCAGUGAAGCGUUCUUUAAUAGAACUGUCAGGAUAUGAAGAUGAACAGCCUAGCGAAGUAAAUAUAUUACUAGAGAGGUUCAGUUCUGCAGUUUCCUGUGACAACGCUUCUUCAGAAGAUAAACAAAUUACUCCCUUGAGUGACUACUUUAGCGCAGAAUUGUCAGAACCCAGUCAAUCUCCCACUAAGACAAAACAUGAUCAGCUUACAUGCUUAAUCCGCCAAGACCAGGAUUCAGGAAUAACGUCUGCACCUGGUAAAUUUUUUCCACCUUUAAAAGGCUGUAGUGUUCAAAGUUCCAGUUUUGAUGGAAGUACAUUUUCUCUUCUGAGAGUUGAAGAUAACUGUAGAGCUAAGGUUGAAACUAGGCUGAAGAAAGCUAAAAGGAACUCAAUUCUCAAACCACAAGAAACUGUCACACCUCUACCGAAAUUACAUACAACACCACAAGAGAGGGUUGCAGAAUUUAUUCUUUCUGUUCAAAACUAUAUGUCCAGCAGUGAUUGUGUUAAUGAUAGUUAUCCAGACCAUAUUUCUCCAGCUCGUACAUUGUCUGAUAAAAGUAGACAGUUUGUAGAAGUCUGUGAAGAAAACAGCAUGUACCAUGCAGAUCACGCUGAACUUCUCAACAAGAUGGUGGCAAGGCCUUGUACCGUCUUAAAUACAUCAGAAUCUUCUGUAGACACGUUCGCUACGUGUGAUGAAGGCUAUAAUAAUACCACAACACAGGUGAAUGCUGAAACUCAAAAGGAUCCAAAGGUAGGUAAAGCUAACUCAACACAAGAAAAAUCUAAGGCUUCAGAAAAGUCAACAGAAGUCACCCCUGUGGUGCAGAGACCUGUAACUGAAAAUAGUCCUUUGAGGUGGAAGCCACCUAUUUCAGUACUUCCUGAUGAUGAUGAUAUUAUGACAUCAGAUGACAGCUUUGUUCGUAAAACCAGCGGCAGAGUAUACAGAAUGAAAAUUCAACAUAAAAUUGCUCAUUGCACUGAAUCUACUGCAAGAAAAGAAGAGCAGACCUGUAAAUUCUCUAGAAAUGACCACACAAUUUCUAAAAACGACCAUUCAGUUUAUAGAAAUGAAACAAGUCCAGUGUCAUAUCAAGAGAUUAAACAGGAAGACACUUUCACUCAGAUAUUCCCGGUCAGGAAACGACUGUCUAGUGACAGCUUGUUCAGCAGUGUGUCGUCAGUGAAGGAAUAUGUUUAUAAGGACAAAGAAAAGAACAUAACACUCAUUGAGAGGCACAUUCCUUCAGAUUAUGGAAGCAGCGUUGGCCGUAGGUCGCUAGAAAGCAUAAACAGCAAAAGAACUGUAGAUUCUGAAGCCACUUUAAUUUAUGACUGGCGUGCACUGAAUGAAGUUUUAAGAACUGAAAACCCAGAAGCAAAACCUUCAUCUUAUAGUGUAUUUGAUAGCCGGUGUGCAACUGUUAUUGACAUUUCCUGUGCUGACAAAAAAGCUGCAAGUCUGCAAGAAAACUGUUCUGAAGAACAGUCGCCUCAGGAAAAUGUGUCUGGCAGCACUGCUGAAGAUGAUGAUGAUGGUGAGAAUGCUGCUACUUUUGUCAUACCUGCUCAUCUAGAAAACCUGACAUGCCAGGAAAUCUCUCAGGAGCUACAGAAGUAUGGUGAAAUCCCAGGCCCUGUGAUACCCGCUACCAGACAAGCAUAUCUGCGCCGCCUCACAACUCUCCAGUCUAACCCAGGCCUUGUGAUCUUGUCUAAAGCAUGCCCAGAUUAUCCAAAUGAAAUGCGACAGGCGUUGAAUGGGCAGUUUGAUAUGUCAGGUCUUGUAGAAUUGGAAUCCAAUAUGAUUGAUGUUUUUAAUAUUCCUAAAAAUGGUCCCUGUUGGCGUGAGGGAACUGAAAAAUCAUCCUUCACAUAUUUGCUGCUAGAUCCUCGUAUCACAGAAAACCUUCCAUUAAGGUCAAAGAAUCUGAGCGAUCUCGAGGUGUUCAAGACAUUCAUCUGUUCCAUUUUUUACAUUGGGAAAGGCAAGAGGUCACGACCCUACUGUCAUCUGUAUGAAGCUGUGUCUAAAAUGAAUAAAGUAAACGUCAAGAUGAAUGCUAAAGUGAAACAGAUAAUAGAUAUCUGGAGUGCUGGUCUUGGUGUGGUUUCACUUCACUGUUUCCAGUCCGUGAUACCCGUAGAAGCUUAUACCAGGGAGGCUUGCAUGAUUCAGGCUAUUGGUCUACACAAGCUUACAAACAUGAAACAAGGAGACUUCUAUGGGGCUGCAUUAUCCUGGUCUGCCGCCCAGCGCAGAAAGAUGGGUGUUUAUUUCCUCAGGAAGGCAUUACAGAUAUUUCUAGCUGAAGGAGAAAGACAAAUAUGCUUGCCUGAUCUUAAAAGUAAUCAGACAUAA